GCAGAACAUGCGCUGUGAGGGUGGGUGAAGCUCAUAAAAUCCCAACGAGUAUCAAAUGAUACUCCGAUAAUCUAAUAUCUGGGUGUGUAAUCUGUGAGUCCUGUGGCUUUGGUUUCAAGUACACAUCUUUUCUAUUACAUCCUGUUUGCAAGUACCAACGAAUCUUCCAUUAUGGAUACGCCAAACUACGCUCGAUAUCUCCAGUCUGUUUAUCAAAAUACUAACUGGGAAGUGGCACGGAUUCCACAUGGUUCCAUUAACGCCACUCUGCACGCAACUAAAACGGCUGGACAAGCGGGACCACAGUCCCUCAUCUUGAAGCGUGCAUCGCCAUUCUUCGAGGAUGAAGGCCAGCUGCAGCCGUUUUCUUUAAACCGCCAGGAAGUAGAAGCUACCGUGAUGAGCCUCUGGGGAGAGGACGGGCUAUUCGGUAAAGCUACGGCAAGUCAAAAUACAUGGCGCUUGCCAAGGUUUAUACGAUACGACCGAGGAGCAGAAUCGGACCUGUUGAUCACCGAUAAGAGCGAUGAAGCCUCCAUCCUUCUGCUGGAGGAUCUGGGCAAGGUUGUGAAUCUGUUUGAACGUAUUGAGAUCUGGGCCCAGUCAGACACGUCACCCAAGGUAAAGAAUAUGGUGUUGCGAAUUGGGAAUAUAUUAGGAAGUUCGCUUGCAACGAUGCACAGUCGAGAAACUGCUGUUGCAAUUGAGUCUCGCCCUGACGUUGCAGAUGUCCUCUCCCAGUCACUGACAGCCGACGUCGUCUGGUAUCUCGCAAUGGACCUAUUACCAGAAUACCUGGCCAAUGUUCCCAAAGGAGAGAUGUACUAUCAACGACUCGUCGAGGAUAUCAAGAACCCACAAUAUACGUACCCCGGCUGUUUCGUACACGGAGACUUCAAUUUUGGCAAUAUAUUGCUGCCAUUGACCCCUGAUCUGGACCAUGAUCUGCAGCCAGUUAUUAUCGAUUGGGAAUUUGCGACAAGUAAUGGCAGGGGUGUGAAUGGAGAUGUGUCGGAGUUCCUAUCUAUUCUGCAUUGUCGACUUAUCAGUGCCCGGCGGCAGCAACCGGCGCUGGGAGACUUGCUCAGACAGCUUUGCAAUAGCUUCUGCUCGGCUUAUUGUCAGAGGGCAGGGCUCGAAUGCAAGAUGGAGAAAGGCGAUCUGAACUCGCAAAUUUACCGUUCAGCCUUACUGUUGAAUGGAAGAGACAUGAUCAACUACGCACACGAUUCCUGCACUGAGGAUAAAACUUUCGAUGAGAUGAUUAAGAUUGGUCUGUGGUAUCUAGAGCGAGCGGGCGACAAUAUGAAUGACUUCUUAGGGGAGUUAAACCGCGCAGAGCUUCUUAAGGAGGAUGAAUGCCUUAUUAAUUCUCUCUUUAUCUUUAACUAGAGGGUAUCUUACGUCCAUAUCUUGAAAUCAAGUAAAUUUCUAGUCCACAAGGGGGUGAGCAUUU